AAAAAAACCCCAAACCCCCCCCCCCAAAAAAAAAAACCAGAGGGAGAAGACGACUGCCCGAAUUUUCUCGCGCUUGUUCGGUUGCCGAGAAAAAAGAGGAAAGAAGAAAAAAAGUUAUGCUGGAAAGUAGAAAUCCAGCGAUCAAGCUCUUCGGGAAGAAAAUCCCGUUCCCGGCGGCGACGGAGGAGAAGGAGAAGGUCGCCGGAGAUGGAGAAGAGGAGAAAUCGCCGGAGAAGGGUAACACAAGGGACAAGCCUAUAGAAGCUGCAGGGCAAGGACUUCCGGAAUCUUCGGAGAAGAAGAAGAAGAACAACAGUGAAGAUGGUCAUAACAGUUGGCAAGAUUCCAAAUCCAAAGGAGGAGAUGAAGACGAGAGCUCAAAGGAUCAAAGCGAGAGCACCAACUCUCAGGAGAAUGACGAGAAACCGCUGAAGAAGCCGAGCAAGAUCCUGCCAUGUCCGAGAUGCAACAGCAUGGACACCAAGUUCUGCUACUACAACAACUACAACAUCAACCAGCCUCGCCAUUUCUGCAAGGCGUGUCAGAGGUAUUGGACGGCUGGUGGGACCAUGAGGAACGUUCCCGUGGGUGCAGGCCGUCGCAAGAACAAGAACUCGUCUUCUCAUUACAGCCACAUGACAAUCUCCGAGGCUCUUCAGGCCGCAAGAAUAGAUUCCACUCAUCAUCAUCCUGGUCUGAAAACCAACGGUCGGGUCCUGAGUUUCGGGCUCCAACCUCAUCAUACUCCCAUUUGUGACUCAAUGGCUUCAGUCUUGAACCUCGGUGACCAGAAGAAGGCUCUGAAUGGAACUAGAAACGGGUUCCACGGCUUAGGAGACCAAAGGCUCGUGGCCCGGACUGAGCACAGGGACGAUUACUCUAAUGGAUCCUCUGUAACUGUGUCUAACAAUCAUUCAACAGACGAAGCAAGAGCUUCGAAAUGCAUGAGGAAGAGCAAUAACAUGAAUGGUUUUGCUUGCAUCCCAAGCAUUCCAUGGCCUUACACAUGGAAUCCAUCGAUGCCUCCACCGGGUUUUUUCCCGCCUCCUCCGGGUUUCCCGAUGCCGUUUUACCCUUACUGGAGCAUACCAAUGUUAUCUCCUCAAUCUUCACCGUCAAGCGAAAAGGGUUCGAGUUUAUCCGGACAGAAUUCUCCUACAUUAGGUAAACGUUCAAGAGAGGAGGGGACAGCCAAAACUGAGGAGCCAGAGAAUGCAACAGACAUGACAAAACAUAGAAACGGAACUGUCUUGAUUCCGAAAACGUUGAGAUUCGACGAUCCUAACGACGCAGCGAAGAGCUCUAUAUGGACAACUCUAGGAAUCAAGAACGACCUGGUGAGCAGAGGAGGGAUGUUCAAAGGGUUUGAUCAUCAGAUGGAGAAGAAGACGAAGAACAAUGGAACGGCUGAAACCUCGCCUGUCCUGCGAGCAAACCCAGCAGCCCUCUCAAGAUUGAUCGAUUUCCAUGAGAGAAUGUGACCUGAAUCUGAAUCCGAAUCUGAAUCUGAAUCUGAUCAGUUUCUCAACGAGGUUAAAGAGAAUUGGAUUUAGGAAUUUUGUUUCCUACUUCUGGUUCGUGUUUGUGUUGGUAUAUAGAUAUAUACACAUAAAACCAUGUUUAUAAUGUCUGCUGCAUAGAUCUGGGAGAUAGGUGAAGUUAGACCUUGUCUUUUCUUCUUCCUCGUGACCAUAUGAUGAAGUGCCUUUCAGCCUUUGUUUAUAGCUUCUGUAUUAUAUACGUUGAAUUUAAUGUCAAUGUUGUAAAAAAAUAAAUGAUGUCAAAAGUUCGUUUUGGCCGUUGAUUACAAAAAUUAUAAAUA